CUAUCAGAUUUGAAAUCAUUUGAAAAUGUGUAACUAUAAACAAAUAUAUGACAGUAAUAUAACUUACUCAAUUGUGUGAAAUUUCUCAAACCUAACUUAAUAUCUCCGCGUAUAAUUCAACUUUGUGGUUUUCAACAUAAUUUUGGAUUGAACUGCAUUGUUAAGUGAAAAUGACAGAUUUACAAACAUCUGGUAUAUUAGCAAAAGAAUGUUUAAGAACACAAAUUUGUGGUGAAGGUGAAUGGCCAAAAAAUACAGUUUUAUAUCAGCCUUAUGAAACAGAACAAAUUCUUUUACCAGACAACUCAAAAUGUUUGUCAGUAAAAACUUUUUUAAAGAUGGCUGAUUUGGAGUUUAUUGUAGAAGCAAGAGAAAAUGCUGAAUAUAUGUCUCCACAUCGAGGUAAAGUGCCAUUUAUAAAAGCUGGCCAGUUUUUAGUUGCUGAUUUUGAACCAAUUGUUAAUUUUGCCCAGUCUAAAGGUUAUUCUCUGUCUUCAAAUCUUGAUGAACAUCAGAAAUGGGAUCUUAGAGUAUAUAUGGCUUUAGUGAAUAAUGUUCUUCUGAAUGCAGAAAUAUAUGUGACAUGGAAACAUGAACCAACUUAUAAUGACCUCACCAAACCAAGAUACGGUUCUGUGUAUUCUUUUCCUCUGAACCAUUGGGCCACUUAUUAUAAACGAUGUGAAAUGUUAUCACAUUUAGAUGUACUAGACUGGAAAAAAAAAUCUUUGGAUGAAGUAUUUAAAGAAGUAGAAAAGAUCUGUGAAUCAUUGUCAAACUUUUUAGGAGACAAAAAAUAUUUUUUUAAUGAAAAGCCAACCGAACUAGAUGCUUUAGUGUUUGGACAUUUAUUUUCCAUUAUAACAACACCAUUACUCAAUAACCGUUUUGCUGCUAUUAUUCGAGCUUAUGACAAUCUAGUUCAAUUAUGUGUUCGUAUAGAAACAGAAUUUUACCAAUCUAGAUUUCUAUGAUAGAAUUAUUUAAAUAGUUUAUCAAAUAUUGGUUAGUUACUGUUAAUAUUAUUUAAUUAAUGUAAAUCAUUAACUAAAUAUUUGUAUGGGUUGUAUAGAAUUGUAUCAAAUUAUUCAUAUGA